CGUAAGAAAACAAGAAUCCAUAAACAGGGCAGUAACGUGGCAGAAACUGCCUUAUUACGGUUCCAAAUCUCACAAAAGGCUUCAUGUUUUUUUUAAUCUACUUUCCAUUGACGAAUGGUGUAACUCAUGUUUCGUGCUGCCACUGCCCUCUCAAGCAAUGGGUUUUGGCAUGCCUAGCUUGCUAGGACUUUUAAUUUUCUUUGAUGAUCAGUCUAUAUUUCAAGCCAAUCAAAGAACAAAAUACAGAUUGAAGAAGAGGAAGAAGAAAGUUUAGGUUGGUUGAUUGUGAAAUUGUUUAUUCAUUUUCAUGAUUAUGUGAAACAUGGAUGUUAUUCUUUCCAUGGGGAGAGUUUAUAUAUACUGUAGGUUGAAAGAAUGAGUGGAAAACUUGUGCUGGUGACAUCUUUAGAUCCAGCUUUAUUAGGAUCCAGGCAAGGGCCAUACAUUGGAGAGCCAUAUAGUGGUGGUGAAGGCUCGUCGAUGCCGACCAAGCAACCUAACAGGAUGCCCUGGUUUCGGGCGAGUAAUGGUUGGAACAAGGAUGAAUUUGAGUUCUUUGAUGAAGAAGAAGAAUUUGGUGGGAAAACCCAAUGCCGGAUUUGCCAUGAUUUGGACUUCAUCACUAAGUUGGAAGCUCCUUGUGCUUGCAAGGGAACUAUCAAGUUUGCCCAUAGAAAAUGCAUUCAGAUAUGGUGCAAUGAGAAAGGAAACAAAGUUUGUGAAAUCUGCCAUCAGAGGUAUGAACCUGGUUACACAGUUCCUCUCAUCUUAACCGAACCGUGCCACACAGGAAAUAUCCUGGGUAACUUAAGUGAGGGCUUGACAGUUCCAGGUAUUCCAAGAGAACUUCAAUCAACUGAGCUUACUUCAGAAGAAGUAGAGCACCUUUUGGAGGCUGAAUUUGAUGAAUGCAACAAUGAAACUCAUGAUGAGAAUGAGAAUGAGAAUGCGAAUGGAGCAACCACAUGGGGAAAAUCAAUUUUAAUUUUCUUAACACUUCUCCUCUUAAAGCAUCUCACAUUCUUUACUGAUCUGCCUGGUGACAGUGACGAAUCUUCCGAAAACUUAUACCUCAUCUUGGGACUGCUGCUACCUUGUUAUAUCACAUCUUUUGCUGUCAGUUACUGGAACAGCCGCAAGCAGACCUAUGAAACUGGAGGGCUAGCCAGGGCAGAGAUAGCAAUUGGGAUAAACUCAGGGGAAAAUACCAGGAAUAGUCAUCAGCUUGAUGCAGCAUCCACACCUCAAAAUAUGACUCAACAGUUCUAAAAUAUUACACUAUUAUAAGCUGCCGGAUUUGGCGGUAGACAAGCUGUUAUUGAAUCUUAAUGUAUCUGCUAUGACAAUUUUACUUCUUAUCUUAUCUAGCAUUGUCCUAAUUGCUCGUGUAGAGUGUAGACUUUGAAAAAACUGUGUCUUUGCUCCAAUGGAUGUUUAUAUCUAGAUAAAUAUAGUGUUGCAGCAAUCAAUGCGGCUGGACCUGUUUAAA